AUGUACAACAUUACCGACCUCGAGAUCCUUGCCAGGAAGUAUAUUGAACACUUCGACGAAGCGAUCUCUACCUUUGAAAUUCUGCGUUCGAUUGGAGAAAUAUUUCCCAAGCUUCCUGAAGACGAAGUCUGGCUUCCAAGCUACGUGAAAAAAGUCUUACGGCGCUCAUUUGUGUCAGGCAAUUCACGAUUCAACAUUGAUGAUCUGUCCGGAAUUUUGCAAAAAGAUUUUGACCCUUUCAGUAGAGCAAUUAUGCUAUCAGCGAUCGAAAUUUUAUCAUCGCAUAUUCAGUGCUUGGAACAGGGGACCAGAUCUCAACAUAAUGUUGCAUCAGGAGUUUCUGAACACGAGCUUACCUCUACUGAACACCCGGUGGUGAUUGAACAGUGGUCUAUCACCUCUGAAGAGUUCCCAAUUCCUGAAGAGUGUCCUGCCCCCGAAGAGUGUCCUGCUCCUGAAGAGUGUCCUGCCCCCGAAGAGUGUCCUGCUCCUGAAGAGUGUCCUGCUCCUGAAGAGUGUCCUGCUCCUGAACAGUGGUCUAUCACCUCUGAAGAGUUCCCAAUUCCUGAAGAGUGUCCUGCCCCCGAAGAGUGUCCUGCUCCUGAAGAGUGUCCUGCUCCUGAAGAGUGUCCUGCCCCCGAAGAGUGUCCUGCUCCUGAAGAGUGUCCUGCUCCUGAAGAGUGUCCUGCUCCUGAAGAGUGUCCUGCCCCCGAAGAGUGUCCUGCUCCUGAAGAGUGUCCUGCCCCCGAAGAGUUCACUGCCCCCGAAGAGUGUCCUGCCCCCGAAGAGUGUCCUGCUGAGUGGCAUGCUGGACCAAACGAGCCAGAUGCUGCGGCUGCCGGUCAGGCCGAUCCCAAAGACAGCCUGGCGAAGAUCCUGCUGCCGGAUGUCGCUCUAUAUCACGAUUGGGAAACUCUGUCGUCGGUAAAGAGGAGCAAAAGGAUCAAGAAACUGAAGAAGAAAGGUCUACCGAUCCCGAACGCGAACGGCGUUGUUUCAAUUUCGUUGUUAUAA